AUGGGCACUGUGGGAAAAGAUGUGGUGAAAGAAUCUAAGCCAGUGUCAUUGGUGAAGGUAGUAAAGGAUACCCCAAGAAGAGCCGAGCAGGUGCACGAGAGUGCACAACCUAGACAGGGGCUGAGUAUGGAGUUAAUACCUUAUAUCGACAAAGAAGUCGCCUCUGCGGAUUGUGUGGUAAACAGAGAUCACUAUCAAAACUCACAGCACGAAGUGAAAAAUAAAGAAAAACACGAAGGAGUUGAGGUUCAUUUAGUGGAUCGCCGGUUGGAGCAUUUUAAUGUACAUGUCACGAACAAUGUGUCGGAGACGAUUGUGUACAUUGACCACAAUCCGAUUACAUUCUUAGAACGUUUUGAAGAAUCCUUUUGUCAGUCAGUGGUACAGUCCCCACCAGCGGACAUCAAGAAAGAGUGCCAGUCUUUCAGCAUCGACUGCGUUUUCUACGGUGGCUUCUUUGCACGUCCUUUAGAGCGGGGGGAGUUCUUCAAACAAACAGAGACUGGAGCAAAACGAGAGCGGAUCUUGUCAGGAGGACGGUUUGUUGUGAGGACGAACACAGCAGAAAAGACAUUUUCGCUGCAGGUUCAGGAUGUGAAUGUUAAAGACACUGCCACAUAUUAUUGUAAAGCCUGGUAUAGAGAUAGCACACAAACCUUGUCACUGUGGUACUCCGACGAAGCAGUGGAUGGAUCCGGGACAAUGGUGACUGUCACAGCUGAUUCCCCGUCCCUGGUGUCUCACAGCCCUACUGUCAAAACCUCAGUUGCAGUUGACACCAUUACUUUAAGCUGUAAAUAUUCAGGAUUCUGUCAGUACACAGUUUACUGGUACCGUCAUGCCCCAGGACAGGCUCUGGAAUACCUGCUUCAGAGAUACACUUCAGGACAGCAGAAUAACAAAAAUGCAGCUGGAGGAAGAAUUUCUGCUGAUAUUGACUCUGCAGCGAAAAUUACUCGUUUAUAUAUCGCCACAAUACAACAAAGUGACUCUGCUGUGUAUUACUGUGCACUGAGUCGGCGCUCAGCAUACACUAUGAUCCAAAUGACGGAGAGAACUGUACAAAAACGUAACCAGACUAACGAUUAG